AUGAAAGUAAAACGCCUCAAAAGAGCUUCCCGUGUCCUCACAUUCUUUCGUUACAAAUUUGGCUAUAUCCCUCCCUAUUCAAUUUUAUUGGAUGGAACAUUUUGUCAAGAAGCUUUAAAAUGUAAAAUUAAUUUGAGAGAACAAAUGCCCAAAUAUUUGAGAGACGAAGAUUUGGAAAUGUUUGUGACUGAAUGUGUGCUGAAUGAAUUGGAACAACUCGGAAAGCCUUUGUACGGCGCCCUUUGUAUUGCCCAACAAUUCAAAGUAGCCAAAUGCCCUCACCGCCCACUUCGUUCAGCUGCUGAUUGUAUAGCUCAUUUGGCUAGACGUUCACAAAAUUCGGAAAAGAAAAAAUUAAUUCAUUAUUUUGUUGCAACACAAGAUGCAGAAUUGCUACAAAAAUUGAGAAUAUUGGGAGGAAUUCCGUUAAUGUCAAUUCGUUAUAAUGCUAUUUUGUUGGAGAAGCCGUCAGAAGAAACCGAAAAACUAGCAGCAGCUGAAACAACAACAAAAAAUCAGCCUGAUGAAAUUCAAAAAAUUAAGCAAUUAAGGAAAAUAGAAUUGGGAGAAGGGGAAGAACCUAAACAUCGAAAAAGGAAAGCUAAGGGACCAAAUCCACUUUCUUGUAAAAAGAAGAAAAAAAUUAAAAAAAGAAAUUUGGAUGGAAGUGUUCCUGGGGCGUUUGGAAAGAGAAAAAAAGAGGGAGAAGAAGAAAUUGGUGCUAAUAAUAAUACGUAA